CAUUUUCUAGGUUGCAUAAGAAAAUGGCUUCCUUCUUCGACUUUGCAAGAGGGCUGGAAGAACUCCAAUUCAUCUUCAUUCUCUCAAAGAUAAUGAUAGUAACGGGGGUGAUUGUUGCAGUCAGUCUUGUCUUUCUUAAAGCCGAAUAUGGAAGGUACUUUUCAUCGAAUUCAACACGGAAGUACGGCUUUGCAGUAGAUGCAAGAGUUGCAUGGUUUGUGCAAGAACUACCAGCCUUCGUCGUUCCAUGUCUGCUGCUGUUGUAUGCACGCAAAGACGUCUUUGGAUUGACUCCCAAUAUGACUCUGCUAUCGUUGUUUUUAUUGCAUUACACUCAAAGGUUAGCAUGCCCUAUAUACGUCCCGACCGCUAUGUUUCUUUCUACCGAUGAUAUUCACUGACCCCGUCGACAACCUGCAGUGAUCAAUAUCUAAAAUUCUCCUUACAGUCUUAGCAAAUCGACAAUCAAAUAACGUAUGAGAAUUGACAAAUCAAUCAUCCUUUCAAUAUUUCUUUCCAGGUCACUCAUUUAUCCAUGGCUUAUCAAAGGAGGGAAACCGACUCCUGUUUUUCUGUCAUUUCUGGCAUUUAUGUUUUGUGUAUUAAAUGGAUACAUGCAGGCAAGAUAUUUAACAAAAUAUGCUCGAUAUGAAAUGUCUUACGUAUCAAGUCCCCGCUUUGUUUGUGGUGUAGCGAUAUUUUUCAUGGGGAUGGCCAUCAACAUCCAUUCAGAUCACAUUCUGCGCAACUUAAGGAGACCUGGUGAAACAGGGUACAACAUUCCAAGAGGUAUUAUAUGAAAAGCUGAAUUAUACACCCAUUUUGAUUGAUUGAUACUUAUGAUUUACUGGACAGAUGCAUAGUUGAUGUCACCAUUAAAACAGCAAUUUGCUAUUUUAAUAUAUAAAAAAAUAUAGAUUCUAUGUUGCUUGGGUACAGUUGUAUUUCACCUUAAAGAAUCUUUCACAGUUGGUACUGGUGAACUGCAAGUCUUGCAAAUCAAGACAUUCCUUUUCACAUUGCAGCAUUUUUUUUUUCUCUUUGUAUCCGAAUCUGAUUAUUUCAUAUAUAAAUGUAAUUUCUAUCUUCCAGGUGGUAUGUUCACCUAUGUGUCAGGAGCCAAUUUUUUUGGUGAGAUAGUUGAAUGGGCUGGCUUUGCUAUAGCCUGUUGGUCACUUCCAAGCUUAGCCUUCUUCUUGUUUACUGCUUUUAACAUCGGCCCAAGAGCAGUUCAACAUCACAGGUAUCACAUGUGUAUCAAGAUGGUAGUUUUGCAUUUAUUUCCUCUGUUGGUUCUUAUUAUUUUCAAAAAGGGAAUACUGACACCAUUUGUAUUUCAGAUGUAUUCUUUAUUUAUGGGUUUGAUAAACAAUGUUAUAAACAUUUUGUGGUCCAGACUGUCUUGUUGUUCUUUUUUUCCAGUUUUUGUCAUCUUAAUGCCCAAAAGUUUAUGUUUUUAGGAAUGUUAAAAGAAUCUGAUGGAAACAGAUAAAGGCUGGUCAUUUAGGCAAUCUUUGCUGCUUUCACUCAAUAGGCAAACAUUAAGUUUUGCCACAGUGUGCUUAAUCAGCUUUUGAGUUGAAAAAAAAGUGUGGAAAGCAAAAUUGCCAUCCAGCAGAAUUGAACAAAAAGUCUGUCAAGGGUACUGUUAGAUAGUUACCAGCAAAAUAUGUUUUUUGUUGAGAGUCUCCUGAGACUCUGCAGGAGGCUUCUGUGUCUCUAUUGGAGGAAGGCAUUUCGAGUUUUCAGAGUUUUAACAUAACUUGACGUGUGGUCACCCAAAGGAGUGAAUUGUUGGGAAAAGUUUGGAUGCAAAAAACACCAGGUUCAAAUUAUGCGAAUAUGCCUCCUUUGAAUAAAUAGAAAAGUAAACUAUACAAGUUGCCUUGAAAUUUGGUACAAAGACUCCCAAGAUACCAACCUAAAAAACCAUGUGGGGGAAUUCCGUGUUUCAAAAUGGAUCUCCCACAAUGGCACCUGGGUAAUCCAUAUUGGGAAAAACAUUUUGGUUAGCAAACUUGACAGAUAAAUUGCAAAGAAACCAAUAAGAAAGUUAGAAAAUCCCCACAAAGUUUCGGAGAUCAACCCCUCAAGAUUGAAUUGAUUCACCAGUUGGCUGAUUGAGCGAUUGACCAACCAACCAAGUGACAGUGUUGACUUACAUGUCAGCCUGUAGUGUUAAUGAUUGGUUAUUCUAUGUAGUUAUUGUGUUGUUUGUCUUUGUUUACAACAGCCUUGUAAUGAUUUGUUUCACUUUCUUUCUUACAGCUGGUAUCUUACAAAGUUUGAAGAUUAUCCAAAGUCGCGUAAAGCUCUGAUUCCUUUUGUUUUAUGAAGCAAUAAAGAAAAUCAGGGAAGGGAUACAGUUAAUGAACAUUAAUUUUCAAAUUUAGAAUUGCUCCCUGAUGUAUCUUUUGUCUUACUGUGGAUUGAGAACCAACUUUUUUACAUCUAUGGUACUUAAUUAUGAUUUUUGUCCAUUUUUUUUUUUCAAGACUUAAGAUGCUUUGUGUCAGUAAAAAUAUUCCCACACCGUUGGUUAAGUCUCCCAUUCACUGUUCAGUAUUUUAUUGAACAACUCUUCCCCUAAUAAAUUAUUAUUCAUCAAAGAUUACGAGUGUGAGGUUUUUCUCUGUUGACACAUGUUUGCUACUAUGAUCUGUUUAGCUUGCAUGAAUGGGGAAAAAAUGGAGAGGGGAAUGCAAAAAACUUUACAUAAUAUGAAUUAUUAGAGUUGGUCAUUGAUGAGAUCUGAUCAGUUGAACACUUUCCCUUUUUUUUUGCCCUAUCUGUUUUCAGUUCAAAAGACAAUUUAAAUGUGUACCCCAAGAGUUCAGACAUUUUACAUUUACACAUUUUGGAUCCUUCGCCAUUCUUCCCUCUCCCGUGUCCCUCCCAUUUCCGAAUGAAACGCAGUUUAUGAAGCAUCGUUUAGAAUCGCGCGAUAUCCGCGCGUGAUCACGCUUUCCCAAGUGUGUUCCUGACGACCAACCACGACUCGGCGCUCUGUGUGAAAUCGAGGCUGGCCUUUCAAAAAUUUGCCGCCAUAUUUUGUUUCGCGAAGUUGUGAUUAUUUUUGAGAGUUUGUGAGUUUUCACGCUCGUAAGUCAAGUUGCGUUCCUUCACUGAGGAGUUAUGGUGGAUUUCAAAGUCUACAGGACGGUGUUAUGAAUAUUACAGAGUGUUUUCCAAUGAGGAAGCGACGAUCUAUCGACAAGACUCCCGGACGAUCUCACGACAAUUCAGGUAGUUCAUUUGGAAACCUUGCAAUUCUUUACAUGAAUUGUUAAUGUUUUUCAAAGUUUUAUCCAACGAUUUGUACCUUUGAACUAGCAGUCAGUGAACUUCAGUCGAUAAAAUGUGAUUUGCUUUAGAUUCAGCGUUGCAUGUUUGGUAUGAAAUGGCGAUAGUGAUGAAAGAAUUGAAAUGGCAUGUAGCUAGCGUGAAUGUUUUUUUUCAUGCCCAGUCAAGGAAUAGUGUUUCAUUUGUAUCGUCGUGCUGUGCAUGGACAUGAAUGCAGAAUACAAGGGGGGCUUUUUUCGGUUUUUGAGAUAAUUUGGUUUUAUCAACUUAGUCGAUAAUAUAAAUUGGUCGCAAUAAAGGGUUUCUAAAGCUGAUGUUUCGAGCGGCAGCCCUUCGUCCAUAUACAGACUAGGUUAGUGGCCUAAAAUCUCAAAGUCCUUAGACUGUUAGUCACAUAUUACGCCGUUAUCUAAUUACCGUCGUCAGAGCGAAUGUGUGGUUUGUGAACUGAGUGUUCGUUCACCUUAACGUCGUGGUCUUUUUUCUUUCAGCCCUCAACCGGUCUCCUCCUGUUAGUAGACUACGGCGAACUCCACGUCGCCUCGGAGGCAGCAGUUGUAAUAACUCACUGUUGGAUCAGUCUCUAGAGAUUGUAUGGGACAAUAAUUCACCAUCUCCUACAAGAUUUUCACAUGGUAUGUUAGGUUGUGGGUAUGUUAUAGAAGUGAAAUAUCAACCUGGCCCUGGGUAGUUCGUGGCUGGGUUACUAGAUAACCCAGGGUUAGUGUGAAAUUUGCUUUCAGAUCUGAAAGCUUUUACAGAAAAUUCAGUAACAAUUUUUUUUUGUCUACAAUUUGAUGAUUGGAUGCUAAUAAAAAUGAAAACAAGUCAAUGUUACAGAAAAUUUCCUGAACAGACAACUUCCCUAAAAGUCAUUUUUGCUUUCCUAAAAAAAGUGCAAUGUCACAUUUUCUCACUGGUUGAGCACUCCUUCAAUCUGUACCUGACACUUGUUUAUGUUGCCAACCAAUUGCUGUAUUGCUUAGCACAUACCUCCAAAAGAUUGCAUAAAAUAACAUUCUAGAACCUCUACAUUCCAAAAAUAACAUUUUAAGAAGGAGAAUAUCCUAAGACCUUGGGAAGAGGCUCUCGGAUUGUCAGCUGUCUAUUCUCUGACUCGUUAGGAAAGCUCAUUGACUUCUAAAAUUUUUAUUGGUUUGGACCUUUUGUCAUGCAAUCGAGGGAGAAGCCCAUCCAUUUUUUUCAUGUGAGUGUGUUCAAGGAAAUAAACUGUGUACUCAAGUAAAUUUUUCUGUUGAUUUGAAAGGGAAAAGGAAGAAACACCAUGGAAGUGACAGUAGUAGCAGUGGGGGUGAAAUUUCAGAUUUGGUACAAAAGUUGGCUGAUAAGGUAAAUGGAGUACAGGGAUGUGUUUGGAUAACGUUAAUUUAUUUCUUUAGCUACAGUCUUGGAAUCACAUGUACUCUAAGUAACAUCAGUAGUAAUAUGUUAACUAAUUAAUGAUAAGAUUCUGGUUGACAGUCAAUUGAUGGUCAAAGGUCAACUGACAUUUAACCAAUAUUGAGGCGUUGGUAGAGAUGUGAGCUAACUCUUGGGAUAUGUAGAUAUCAACUUAUUGUUGGCUGAGUGUUUGGUAGUCACUUACUUCCUAUCAGCCAACUAUUGUUCUGUAUAUUAACCAAAGUUACUUUUUAUGUUAGCACCUUGUAUUAUUGCAUUUAAACCAAACAUGCAGGUCAUAAGAAUUGAAGAAAAUGAUCACUAACUUGAGAAGUUCUCAACUGUUUGACAAAUUCUCCUUGUCAGCACCUUAGAGAGCAGUAUGGAGAAUAUACAUGUACUGUUGUUAGGGUGUAAAGGGUUGUAUAGGUAACCAUGAUCUGGGUAUUUUACCAGUACUCUUCACUCAUUUAUCAAGAUACAAACCAUAAUUUAUAGAGUUUUUUUUUCUGUCAGUCUGGUAGUACCCCUGAAGCAAAUCCACCAUUGCUAGCAUUGUGGAUGUCCAGAGAAAACAACACAUCAGCACAGGCCAACAGUGGUUAUACUUCAACAAAGGGAGACAGCAGUAGUGGGCAGAAGAUCAAGGAAUUCCAGACACCAUCCCGGAGAUCAAGGUAACUGGUUUCCUUGUCAUUUUGUAUCACUAUUCAAAUUAAUUUGAUUUCUGCCUGUUUUGCUGUAAGUUGGUAAUAAAAUAUAUAUCUUUUUUGUAGACGACUUCUUCGCAAAUGCAACAAAUCCAAGAUGAAACUUCUGAAACAGGACCUGGAACUUCUUGUACUUCCAGCAGAGAAAACAGGUUAAAAUGGGGACUGAGACUCCAUUAAUAGAAUGUAUAGCAUGGCUAUCAAGACCUUAUUUUAUUAAGUCUAUUUUUCAGAAUGUUUCCUAUUAUGGCAGUUGUUUCUAUUGGGGUUUCACGUAAUGCUGUUGUUAUUAUUAUCAUUAAUGGUACUGUUAUUAUUGAUAUCAUUGUUUUCAUUAUUAUCAUUUUUAUCAUUAUUUUUUUUUUUCUUUACAGAAGAGGAAGCUACAAUUAGGAAGGAGAGUUCAGAAAAUUCAAGGUAUAUUAAGCUUAUCUUAUAAUAUUUUUUCAGAGAAUCUAUUGCAUAGAGUUCAGCUCCACAAAAUUUCUUUUUCCUCUCUUUCUUGCAGUGAAAUGCAACAAAAAGCCAGCAAGGGCACUGGAGAAGUAAAUCAUGGUGUAAAAGUAAGGGGAUCUGAAAGCUUAGAGGUCUUUGAGAACUGGGACACUGAUGAAGAUGAUCUGAUUCUUAGCCAGAUAGAGAUUCCUGUUUUUAAAAAUGCUAUUCCAGAAACACAAGUUAUGACUAGCACACAAUUCUUGAGCAGUGGAGGAGAAAUGCAGCAAAACAAUGAGUUAGGGCAGCCACCACUUACCAGAAAUCACAGAAUUAAUGCAAAUGUAGAUACCAUCGAUAGUAUUGUUACAGAGAGUUGGGAUUUUGUUAACGAUGACACAGAUGAUGACUACAUUCUUCAGACUGCUCUUGAGGAUGUUGAAAAAUCCCAGCAAGUUACCAUUCCAACUGUCAGGAGAGUGUCACAGUUGUACAUAAAACCUGAUAUGCUCAAUGUUAAUGAGGAAAAAAUAAAGGAUUUGUGUGGUACAGGAAAUGCUCUUGUAAAAAACAAGAGUGACAUUACCAGGUCAAAGAACCAAUGUUUUAGACUGCAGAAUAAUCCCAUUCUACAAGUUCAAAGCACAAGAAAAAGGGACCAUUCUUUUGUGCAUCACUCUUCACUCCAAAGCAGUACUACUCUACAAACAAAAAAAUUCACAACUACACAUCAAAAUAAGUCUGAUCUAAAGAUUACCACCAGUGUCACCCUACCACAAAAAAGAGCAGUACAACAACAUACAAUCUGCCAGGAGAUUAACACUAACAAUCAAGAAUUCAUGACACCACACAGCAACAAACCAGAAGGAAGUACACAAAGUGAGUAUUUCUUGUGUGAUAACAUGUGUUUCAAGAAUACUUCAGUCUACUUAACAAAGUAGAUUCCAUGUUACUGUGCAUCUGUUCAGUGAUAGAUCACAGUUGACAUCAACAUGUGGUAAGAACAAAAAGGGGCACACAUGGGUAGCUGAUUGUAUUGGUAACGUUCUUAUCACAGUUAGGUCUUUGCUGAUCUACACUGUACUGCUGUUGAGGUCCCUGGGGCUACAUGGGAUCUACUUGUUUUGAAUAAUAAAGGAGCAAAAAAGUGUUAAUUGUGUUAAUUUACAGACAUGCAUCUUUCCCAAUUGAUGAUAAGUAAGUACCAAUCAAAAUGCAUGCAUAAUUCAGCUUAUUAUUUAUAAAAGAAAAUGAUAACUCUCUGUGGGUGUCUAUUUUCCAACUCGGAUACCCUCUAGGAGAUAGGGUUUGAGAGAAAAAUCACAAUGGUGGAAUUUUUCCCACUGCAUUUGUUCACUUUUUCAUCUGUCCACACUAACUUCCCCCUUACUGCCUGGUUUUGAAGGUCAAAUAUUCUGUUUAUAUUCAUUAAAUUUGCCUGUGUCUGGCACCAGAUCAGUAGAGUUAAUUAAGGAACAAAUUUGCCCUGGCUAUUCAUUGGUCAUUGGUCAUUGGUCAUUGGUCUAUUGUGAUAAAGUUUGACUUUUAUGAAUUUGUGAUUGAAAUGAUUUUUCUCCUGCUUUUAAGGAGGUUCCAAGACAGCUAAAUACUCCAAGGAAGAGAUAGAAAGGAAAAAAUUGGCUGCUCAAUGUCGCCGGCGGCAAAAAAUGGCACAGUUAAGUGAACUCAAACAGUAA